AUGACCCGUGGCCUGUUAACAAUCUCCUUCUCGCUCUUUCUGGUCUCGGCCAUGAUGGGCACCUUCCCCAUUCCCGGGACAAACUCCGUCUCCAUCCCUUCUGGAACCCUCCUCGACUCUCCUUCCUUGCCGCCAUCGUCAUCGGCAAUCUCCGUCGCCACCGACGACGGGGUUAUCGCCGGUACUAAGAUCACCACCCCUUCCUCCUCGGCCGACAACGCCACCCCUCAGCUCACCAACAUUACCAAUUCGGUCAACGCAGCACCACCUGGCGCCGGAUCUCCUGAGCUGAUCAAAGCCCUCAGGAACGAGGCUCUUACCUCGAUGGUGCCACCCACCAUUGCGUCAUCGGGUUUCUCUAGAACGAGCGCUUCUCCUUUGACUGCCAAGCAAGCCAACGGUGCGCCUCAGAAGCGUGCCGCCGAUUCACCGCAACAGAAGUGGACUCCUUCUCAAGGCCAGCAAGGUCAGCAAUGGUACCCUUCUCAGGGUCAGCAGGGACAGCAAUGGUACCCUUCUCAGGGCCAGCAGGGACAGCAGUGGUACCCUUCUCAGGGCCAGCAGGGACAGCAGUGGUACCAGCAGCAAGGCCAGGGCCGAGACCAGCAACUGGGAAAACCCUACACCAUCCAAAAGCGUGCCGCCUCAACUUUCGCCGCCGCAACCGCUCCUCAAGGCGGUUCUCCUACCUACCGCAUGUCAGCCCUUGUCUGUAACCUCGACACCACAACCCGCGGACUGAUCCAUUGCUCCGACAACAAGGAUUAUUAUACCCUUGAUCAGCCUCCCAACCCUGCCAACUCGGCCGACCCCCGUAAUCGUUCCUGGUCAGCUGGUACUGGUACUGGUACUGGUACGACUCCUGCUGAACAAGGCAGUGCUGGAGCUGGUGGCGGCAAGAACUGGAAGCGCUCGGACCUUGAUGAAGGUAACUUGAGUAAGUGGUCUCAAGCUGGUGCUGGAUCUGGAUAUGGCAGUGGCGGUCGUGACGCUUGGUCUCACUAUGGCAAGGGUGGGAAGAAGUGGAGCAAACGUGAGGAGUUUGAUGAAGGCAACUUGAGCAAGUGGUCUGGUUCUGGAUCUGGACACGGUUAUGACGGUGGGGAUGACUGGUCGCGUUACGGAAAGGGUGGUCAUUCCGGUUACGGCAUGGACGGUAAGGGCGACAAGAAGACGUGGCACAAACGCCAAGUUCCUGGUGCCGCUGGCAAUUAUGGUCAUCCCAACACUGGUGCGAUCCCGGUCCCAAUUAACGUCGGACUGGUCUGGGACGGAAACUCUGUCAACUUGGUCCCCCCUCCCUCCUCCCGCAGAGGCCCCGGUUAUCCUGGUGGUCCCAUCCCCGGUGUUGGAGGUAUCCCGGCCGGCGCGAUAGUUGUGGGCGCCGACUCGCCUGCGAUCCCCGUCCCCAUUAACGUCGAUGCUCUCGUCUACCCUAACGGACAGAUGCAGAUCUUCCCCUCUGCCACUCCCAACUAA